GAAUGCAUGAGCAACCUAAUCGAGUGCAAGACUUUAAGGAUACUAUGCUAUUUCAACAAUAUAAUUGCUUUAUGUUUAGAGAAUUGGAACAAUUCGACGAGGAGCUGGCUAGGUAUAGAGCAAGCAGACAAGGCAAAGCUGCCAUACCGUAUGACGAUUUUCCUCGGCAUGCUCAGGUUAACGAGUAUAUUGAAUCGAUUGCACAGAGGUAUCCAGACAUUGUCACUUUAGUCACCGCAGGAAACAGUUAUGACGGACGACCGAUUAAGUAUUUGAAAAUAUCAACAACAAACUUUGAGGACCCUUCGAAACCAAUCUACUUCAUGGACGCAAUGAUCCACGCUCGUGAAUGGGUCACCACUCCAGUCACCCUCUACGCCAUUCACCGCCUAGUUGAGGAUCUGCGAAACGAAGACCGCGAUCUGUUAGAAAACAUUGAUUGGAUCAUAUAUCCGAUGGUGAACCCUGAUGGAUAUGAGUACAGCCAUGACUCUGAGCGUCUUUGGCGUCGUACGCGCUCCACCAAUCCAGUUGAUCCCUCCACGUGCCUCGGCGUGGACGGCAACCGCAACUUCGAUAUCGCCUUCAACACCGUCGGCGUCUCCAGCAACCCAUGCUCUACUACCUACCCUGGAGUCACCCCCUUCUCAGAUGUUGAGACUGUGUACAUCAGGGAUAUUUUACACGCAAAUCUAGACCGGAUUCAAUUAUAUAUGAAUAUUCACAGCCAUGGCAAUUGGAUUCUUUAUGGAUAUGGAUUUAAUGAAACUCUUCCACCGAAUGCAGCGCAGAUCCAUCACGUGGGAGCGACGAUGGGCGCUACCAUCGACGCUCUAAAACUGGAUCUGGCGCCCUUCUACCGCGUUGGCAACAGCGCUUUCUUGCUAUACGCCACAUCGGGGUCUGCGCAGGAUUACGCUCAGUCGAUUGGCGUGCCUUUCUCCUACACCCUGGAGCUGCCUGGCUACGGCUUCCUGUUCGAAGCCCCGCCACAGUUCAUUGGGCAGAUCAACGCCGAGACCUGGGAAGGAAUUGCCGCCUCCGCGAGACUCGCCAGGCUCUAUUACAGAGCUCGGAUCAAUAACUGAUUCAUAUUCUCUAGUCUUACUCCCUGAAAAGUUGCCAUUUUGAUAUUAGGCACUUGUGAAAUUAUACCCAUUAAUUUAAUUAAUGUAAAUAAAGAUUUUGUACACAAAACG